CAGCUUCCUCUCAACUCUCCCCCCAAACUACCUUUCAAUCAAGCUAAACCACCAAAAUGGGACGCUGGACAGACAGAGAAUCUGACGAACAACGCCUGCCCGAUGGCAUGCAGCGCAUCGGCUACGACGCCGACACGCAGCGCUACACAUACCGCGAUGCCGACGGCUCGCACUGGGAGGGCGAAGAGGGAAGUCAAUAUGGCCAACUCCAUCCAGCUGGUGCCCGACCCCAAUUAUCGCCGGGGCAGGUAGAAGCACACAACGAGACCCUCCGCGCCGGCAACCGCCAAGCCUGGCGCUAUAUGCUCCCCUUCGCGCUCAUCGCCAUCGUCUUCCUACUUCUCCUCUUCCGCUUCUUGGACUCGGGGUCUUCGACCAAGGUGUUGACCUGCCUACCGAACAACCACCCGUACGAGGUUAGGAAGGGAGAUACGUGCUGGGCGAUUGCGGAGAAGUUUGGGUUGGAUGUGGAGGGGUUGGUGAAGUUGAAUUCGGGGUUGGAGUGUGAGAAAAUGUGGGCGGGUAGUAAGGUCUGCGUGCCUGAGUAGAAGUCCGAUUCGAGGAGAAUAUGGGGUGGAGGAAAAUGGUGUAUGUGUCUGGAGUCUGGGUAUUGAUGCUAGGCUGGACCGAGCAUCGAGGAGUAGGCUGACGACUUUGGGACGCUGAAAUCAUUAUGAGGCAAGUCAGGACUCUUUCUAAGCAUUAGUUGUGCUGUGUCUUCCAACACAACGCAGGUUUUAGGUAAAUACCCCUCCAAAAAUGUAUGUUUGUAACGCUGUUUUAUAGGGGCCUUUUCCCGCCAUGCUAAGAGCAAAGCCCUAGCCUUGCGUAAGCGCGCCAAGGCUCUAUCUAGUAGCAAGGUUUAACCUUACUACUAGGACGAGCUUAAUUACCACCCCCCUAUUCU